AUGUCAUUCCAAGGACAAAGAAUACCAAGCCUCAUCUUCUGUGCCGACUCCUCCAGUAGUCUGACAUCUAUGAUAUCGUAUCCUAGCAUGAUGGUGGAUGCCGAAGAUGUGCUUUGCAGACCAUCUUCUGGAUUUGGUCAACGAUUUGGCUUGGACUAUACUUCGACAAAGUCGAAGGCUCCAAGUCUUCCGAGACGCCAGUCCUCGAGGGGAAUGGGCUUCCGAAAGAUAUCGUGCUCCUCUGGAACUGGUGGCCACGGAGAAUCCAAGAUGAACGCCAGAUUCCAGAUUGACGAUAGUACAAUGAAGAAUAAGUCAGCACUCUUUGAUAAGUUCUGCUCCAUUGCACCUAUGCUCAGUCCAAGUCUGUCAGAGGGUAGCCGCAAAACAAUUCGCAGUGCAGGAUCUACGGAUACGCCACUGAGUAUCCCGCUACGAAAGCCAUCACAACAGAGCUUAAAGUAG